AUGUUGACCAAGGUUGGAUUUCAUCGAUUCCAUCUGUCCUUCACUCUUCCUUUUCUUCUCUACCAUGUGUUUCUUAUAAUUCCAAUGGCUGUCCCGAAUAACAUCUCUCAAGUGUAUCUCUUUCUGCAAGAAGAGGAGAUUCCUGUAGGCAAGGUGGUUCUAAGUGCCUCCCGCGCAAUCUACCUCGCAAAAGUCUACGCCAAGCGAGGAGUUUACUCUGUGACAAUAGAGGAGUCGCCCGAUCCUUCACUAGAGUUUUAUUACCCCGAAUCCCUUUUCAACAUGUCCGCGAAGAACAACUACUUCAGUAUUAACACGCACACCGGAAUGAUAAAGACAUCCAGACGCCUCGACUUUGACGACCCAGAGCUGGAAGCGGAUGGAUGUAUACCGAAUAAAGCGAAUUCACUGAUUAAAGUGUUUCAACGGAAUAAUCUCUUUUCCAUAAAGACUGCCUCCUAUUGUUGCUUUUCCCUCCAAAUUGCAAGUGUACGGGAAGACGUCCUACAACUUUAUAUCUGCAUUGGUGACGUCAACGACAAUGCGCCAAAGUGGGAUUUGAAGUCAUUUGACAGGACGGAUUUUGGGCACGAAAAGUCAGAGCUUACUCUCAAAGUCCCGGAGAACUUGCAGCUAGGGAACGCAAUCGACCUCCCCCCAGCUACUGACCUUGACUCGGGGUCAAAUAAAGCCAUAUCUUAUGAAAUGUGGCCAGGACUGCCAGAAUUCGAGAUGGCUUGGAAUGCCACUACAUCCAAGCUCUAUCUCGUGCUCAAUCAAGAACUUGACCGGGAAGUAGAACCCACCUACAAAUUCAGCCUCAUUGCAAGAGAUGGAGGAGUCGAGCCCAACACCGCCUCCCUCAGUGUCACAAUUAACGUCCAAGAUGUGAACGACAACGAUCCACUGUUUGAGAAAUCUGUAUACUUCGUUACUAUUCCAGAGAACACGAAGAUCUCGUCUCAAAUCAUUCAGGUGAAAGCGGUUGACUUGGAUUUUGGCAACAAUGCGGAAGUGACCUACUCGAUUAGCACCUUAACGGAUCCCGAGUUCGGCCAGAUGUUCACCGUCGAUCCGACCACCGGAUGGGUCAAACUGGCACAGGAACUGGACUUUGAAACUCACAAACAAAUCAGUUUGACAAUCACGGCUUCGGAUAGGGGGGAGCCCCCACGACAGUCGACCUGCUUGGUGGAGAUUACACUCACAGACGUCAAUGACAACGCGCCGAAGCUGAUCUUCGAACCGGGCAGUCUGACGAAUUUCGCUCUGGUGCCGGAGAACGAAAUCGCUGGUCGAAUUGUUGCCGUAUUCACUGCCAGUGAUGAGGACAGUGAGGCAAAUGGAGAGACGGAGUGUUGGAUCAAGUUCGUGAGCAAAAAUGAAGCAGACUUUGUAAUGAAGGGAGCGGAGGACGAGAAUGAGGAGGAAGACGAGGAGGGGAAUGGGAAAAUGGAAGUGCAUAACUUCUUCAAGCUCGAACCUAUGGCAUUGCCAUUUGAGAAAGUGCCGGCAGGGAUGACCAUUCUUGAGACUAUUAAACAGGAUCCUGAUCAACGACUAAACAUUAAGGAACUAAGGUGGACCACUCCUCUAAGAUGUUACCAGUUGUCCACGGCGGCGGUGUUUGACCGCGAGGCGGGUAGGAAAUAUCGUGUCUUCAUCAUGUGCUCGGACAAGGGCUCACCGAGACAAAGCACCACCGGCAGCGUGCUUGUGCGCAUCCAGGAUGUGAAUGACCACUCGCCCGAAUUUCCCACCAGUCACUUCACGAUUCGGGCGGCAGAAAAUCACCAGAUCGGCGUCCCGCUCUUCACAUUAACGGCGGAGGAUCCUGACGAAGGUAAGGAGUUGAAUAUCUGA